AUGUUGCUAAAAAAUAAAAAAUUGGCAAAAUGUUUAAUUUAUUUUUUAUUUCUUUUAUUUUUUAAUUUUCUUCAAAAUUUUCUUAAAAUUAAUAUUUUUGUAUUUACAACAACUUUAAGAACAAAACAACAAAAUACUCAACAACAAAAAUUAUCAUUACUCCCCCAAUGUACAGACAAUUUUGUGAUAGCUUCAGAAAUGUCAAUGAAGAUACAAGAAGAGAAGCAACAACAAAACAAUUUAAAUAAUAAUGUGACUGUUCAUUUACAAUUGGCAACUGUUGCUCUAGGGGAUACUUUUUGUAUGAUGAUAACGGCAAAUAAAUCUCUGGAAGACUUACAAAAUUCAAAUGAAGACGAAAUUGAGGAUGGAAAAUUUAAUGAAAAAUCAGAUUUUUCCACUUCCGAAAAACAAUUUUCAAUAUUACAUACUAUCGAAUAUAUCAGUUUGGAAUUACACCACGCAAUUACUGGAAAAUACAAAUUCGGUAUUCCUGUUCUAUCCCCUCGUUGUAAAUGUGACUGUGUUGGUGGCGAAACAAUUUGUAGUGUAGAAAAAUACCAAUACCGGUUUUUGUAUUUAAAUCAAAUAAUUGUAUUUUCCGGAAAUUUAGUUAUAGAUAUUACUCCCUAUAAGGAUUGGACAUUUCAAGCUAUUCGUUUAAAACAACCAAAUACAGUGGUUGUUCUCAGAUAUAAAAUAUUUGAACGGAAAAUACCUUCAAACGGGGUUCAUUGGACUAACACUUUUGACGAAAUUUUACGAAUUCCAUUAAAUAAGGGAACAACAAAAUUUGAAUUAAAUGCAGUCAGUCAAGAAUUACAUAAUCAAAUAACAGGCAGUAAUAGUCAACACAAAAUUGAGAUUAAUGCGGUUGGUGGUCGUCCUCACAGACAAAUAGAGCCGGGAAUGUAUUUUUAUCAGAUUAUUAAUGACAGUCCUCCCCAACUUAGAGAAGGAGUUCCGUUAAAUGGGCCAGGGGAAAAUAGUCUGGAAAAGUUUGGUUGGCUACGCUUGGACGAGAAAAAUGGUGGAUGGAUUGUUAGAAAAGGGUUGGAGAAAAUAACACAGGCACAGCAUAUUCGAGUAGAUGACUGUAAAGCACAACGUUAUAGAACAACAUUUAAUGUAGAACAAUUUGUAUUAAAAAAUGGAGGGAAUUUGGGAGAAGAAUCACAAAUUGAAGAAUUAAUUAAUUUUGAUUUGGGAACACUAGUAAAUGACGAAACUUGGGUAAAUUCAAUAAAAAUAGGAGAUAGAGAAGCAAUUAUGGAGCAUGCUGAGGGGGCUGCUUUAACUUUAACUAUAAGAACAGAAACAAAACCCAAUGUUGUUCGACAUAUUUCGAAAUUUAGUAAUUUUACUGGCACAAUUGUUCUUGAUAAGGAAUCCAACAGAUAUUUGAAUUUGACAUUUUAUAAUGCCAGAGGGACUUUGAUUGGCCAAAUAUUUUCAAGUGCAGAUUCCCUUUCUGUCAUGGAAAGUAUUUUUAGUAUCGAUAUUGGAAAAUUUACUAAAGAAAAAUUCCAAAGAGUUGUGGCAACCUCUGUACAUUCCCCCAAACUAGUUUGUUUUUACCCUAUUGGUGAUACUGACAGCCGAAUAUGCCAAAGACUUGAAUUGAUUUAUGAACCUAUCAAGGAAAAACAUUUUGCUGAUCAAUGGCAAUUAGCACAAACCGAAUGUAUUGGAUGUAAUGAAAGGGGAGUCGACUCAUUCCUCGCAAGUUUAGACCCUCGACAAUGGUUGGACGGUUUAAAUACCCCAGCAGAAUUAUUUACUUGUACAUUAGAGCUAGUUUUGUGUUUGGCUUUUUUACUUUCGAGUAUUCUAUUUUUUACAAAAUGUGUUAUUCCUUUGUGUAGAUGUGUGCAUUUUGUUGCUAAACCGUCGAAAAAGAAAUGA